GUAUAAACCUCCCACCUCGGAGAAUUCUCCCACCCUGGACGACCCCACCCCAGAUUACAUGAACCUGUUGGGGAUGAUAUUCAGUAUGUGUGGUCUGAUGCUCAAGCUGAAGUGGUGCGCCUGGAUCGCCGUCUACUGCUCAUUCAUCAGCUUCGCCAAUUCCCGCAGUUCGGAGGACACCAAGCAAAUGAUGAGCAGCUUCAUGUUAUCUAUUUCCGCUGUCGUCAUGUCCUAUCUACAGAACCCACAGCCCAUGUCUCCUCCGUGGUGACCCCGGUGCUCAUCGUCCUGGAUGUGAAGGAUUUUUUUUUUUUAGAGUCUCUCUACUGUCUGUCACUAGAAGAAAUAAAAUUUUGGG